UAAAAUUUAACCACGAGGGAGACAAAGGCGGCCGGGCGUGGUCUUCAUAGAUGCUCGCUAUAACAGCACUUGCCCCAAAAGUGUGUAAAGCUAUACGGGGGAUGUUUGUCUUUGAUCAAUUUUGAGUACAUCAUCUGCGAGUAUAUUUUCGGCAUUGUGAUACUACGAUGGUACACGGCGCGUGUUUGCUAUGGGAUCGAACAGGAGGGGUCGCUCACGCACUUGCGCCUCCUGCUCGCUCGCGGCUUUAACGUCUCGCUGCCGACACGCUCCCUCGCUGCCCAGAACCUAGCGUUUGUGUACCACCCUGCCGCCUGUAAUAACACCUGCGGGAUGAGAUAGUGCUGAAUGUUGCUGGCCCGCUGCUCCACGUGUUAAGGGUCAGGGUGCCUGCGCCGUCAACUCCCGCCGCUUGCCGGGCCCGCACCGUGCGCCGCUUGCCGGGCCUGGGAGUGGAGGCUGCGGCGCUCAUGGUACAAGUUAGCGGUGGUGGUGGUGCUGAGUUUGUUAAAGAAACGCCGGUCUGUCUGUCGGUCCCCUCGCCUGAAUCUGCCAGUCAAACCACGGCACCUGCACCGUCUGUUCCGUGAAAUUCCUGCCAGCAGCGAGCCUCCGGACACCUCAAGUGGCUUCGAAGUGCACCUAGCCUGGCACAAGCGCCGUGGUUGGGCGGCGGUAGUUGGUGGUGAUAGUUGUGGCCGUGCAGUUAGCUUAGUUAUGGUGGUGGUUAGUGGUGGUAUGAGUGUGCUAAUCCGUAACGCGCAGGCCCUGGUGCCCGUGUCCCGCUCGCGUUUGCGGCGCGACGCGGAGCUGCUGCUGCGCGUGCUGCUUGUGACUGGCCGCUCGGCGCCUCCUCCACCUCCUCCUCCUCCUCGUCGCCUCCUCCUCUCCGCACUCUGCGUCUCCUCGCCUCGCAUCCGCAACCUCAACCUCCACUACCGCGGGGAAGACCGCGCCACUGAUGUGCUGGCGUUCCCCUACGCGCAGGUCGUGGCUCCAGGGGUGCUGCUGGAAGCCGAGGACGGCACGGGCGACUCUCUGGGGGACGUGAACCUGGGGGAUGUGUACCUGGGGGUGAGCUACAUCCAGCAGAGCCUGCGUGCAGGAGAACGUUUUCAUGACGCGCUCACGGUGACUUUAUUACAUGGCAUGUGCCAUUUACUGGGCUACACCCAUGAUACCAUGGCCGAUUGGAAGCAGAUGUACGAGAAGGAGAGCGAGGUGCUGUUGGAAUACGGCCGCAUCACGGGCGUCACGCUCGCGCCUCUCACAGCUGGGACGUUCUGACUCCCACCGUCGAAACCUGCUCGAGCUGCGGGUGGCACAAUAUUGUACAGAGAUGCCUCAAGAACCUUACCACGCUCUGCUAUGUCAGCCUCACCACCUCUCCACGCUCUACCAUGCCAGCCUCCGGACAAUGACUUUGGCAACUACCUCGUUACCCUGGAAGCCCCUCUCGAACUUUUGGGAUGGUGACGUGGCUCAGAGUUAGCAAGUUUGCCGCUUAUUACAGAGGCUCGUAGUUACAAUCCGGCAGGCCAUCAUUAAUACUGCGGUGUGUGUAUGAACCGUAAAAUACCACUCCUCAUCUGCUUCAGAGUGGACGGAAAAGAUACCCUGUCGUAAUUUGAGACGGGGAGGCCAUUGUGUGCUGGCGUUUUGGUCCAAAUUCGAAAAAAUAACAUACACACAGCAGCAACAUCGCUCCCUACUAUGAAGUGACCGCAGACUGAAACAGAGCAGCGCCUUCCUUUGUGAUAGCCUUGCGCUGUAACAAUGACAGCAUGAAUACCAAAUUGAUGGUAUGAAUUUUUUUUAAAUCAAUUGCUGAGGACUAGCACAAAUAUUUAUAAUGGCAAGUGGCCAGCAACAAGCAGCACUAUUGAAGGUCUAACAAUUUGCAUUCACGUUUGGAAGUCAAUUGUAAAUACUGAAUACAUUAUGGACGAUGCUGAACACAUAAAACAAAGUAAUCAUGAUUGUUCUGGGUUAUGUUUUAUUAUUUUGUGUCGAACUCGAUCCAAAUCCAUUGGAGGAGAGGGUCCUAGUGUAUAAACAUCUGGCAGUUCACCAGGAAACCUGAUUCUGCUGAUGUCAAAACUGGUAUAAAACCGGUCCAGAGUUUAUAAUUUGCACUCCUGUAGUUUUUUGUAAUUGUUGUUUUACUUGUUUACCUGCCCCUACUGGACCUCUGUGAAAAGAGCGUCAUAGCUCAUUGGAUUCGUCCUGCGGAAUCAAUACAGAUUAUGAUUCGUCCUUGUGUUGAACAAAUGCUGCUGAAAUAAUGCACUCCCUGAAGGAGGCUGUGCCGCUGAUGGGAUGCGUCAAAAUGCGUUUAUUUUGUAUGGAGGGAAGGAUGUGUGUGGAGGCAGUGAGCUGUCUGCAGUUAUUUUGUAAUUGUCUACAACAACGCCAAUGUAUGUUUCAAUGUUGCAUUCCUUGGUAUUUAGGAGCGUAUCACAAACGCCUCCUGCUGCUAAUCAUCAUCAGCCAUGAUUGAUCCACUGCUGGAUGAAGGCCUCCCCAAGUCGCCACCCAGGUGUUGACAUGGGUGUGCGCCAUGGUGGCGAGAUGUGAACUCCCUCGCCUGCUGUGUAGGAGGUCGUUGGUUCAAUCCCGACCCUGACGCGCCAGCUGUAUAUAUUUGGAGUUUGCAUGCCUCUCUCCCCGUGGUCGUGUGGAUUUUUCGGUCCUCCGGUUUUCCCCUCCACAUUUAGAAUCAACAUUCGUUUUCGUAUUUGGCUACUAUACAUUUCCAAAUGAUCGGCCACUUCAUUCAACUAUCAUUUUGGCCAGGUCACUUCUGAAUAAGAGCAGCGCAGUGGGCCUUAAAAAUCGUCCAAAAUAGCGUGACGUCUUUAUGGACAGCCCCUUUGUUUAAUUUGCUUAUAUUUUUCAGUGCUGUUUACAAUUCCUAUACGUCGCACUCCUAUUGUGUUUUUGUAUUGUCUGUUGUUCUAACGUUCUGACCUGCCCCCAUACUG